AUGGCGAGUGGAGAGAACCACAACAGUUCAGUUGAUCCUAAGAUCCCGGUGCUGAAGGGCGAAACGUUGAAGGAUUUAACCAGGUACAAGAGGGCUGUUCAAGCGGAGGAGCUAGGAUGCGAAUCGAAGGAGCAACGUACAGCCCCAGGCCCGAAGUUGUAUCGUAACCUCCUCGGUGCUGACAACUCUAUCAGCGUGAUGAUCGAGCAGACGGACCCGAGAGACUACGCCGUGGAGGAUGGAGCGAACGUGCUGCUUCAGUUUCUAGGGACCGAACGCUUCGCGAAGAGCGGUUUCGGUGAAUUGCCGCAGGCGUUCGACACGUUCUUCGGCUGCACACGCUUCGAGAGGAAAGGUGAAGAGCCAAUGGCGGCGUUCUGUACGGCCAUGGAGUUGGCGAGACGGAACUUGGAGGAAGUGGACCUGGACACGAAGAUCAGUUCGAACGAGCCAGGGUACCACGAAGACGAGGAAGGUGACUGGGAUAGCAGUCGUUUGUUCUACAUCGAGGAUGAAGCUGACACGUUCCUGGCCAGAGAAGACGACGACUACCACCAGACCCUCGUCACGAUGCGAGAGAGCCGCCUCAAGAUGAACAAGCUGCGGGCGGCAAGGGAACUCUUCGAAGGCAGGGCCGACGGCGUGGUGGACGAGAGCGCGGCAGCCGGCGGCCAAGCAGCAGGCGAGAGCCCCGGCAGAGGUACAACAAAGGGCAAGGACGGCGGCAAGUCGAAGGACAAGCGCUGCAGCAGGUGUGGUCGGAUGGACCACAACGCCUCGGACCGCCUGGCCACCGGGUCAUCCAGGAAGCCAGCCAAGGGCAAGGGCCGCGGCAAAGGGCGCCAGAUGCGAGGCCCAGACACGAACUACAUCCACAUGCAGCUCGAGAAGGACUACGACAUGAUGGUGAACCUGGACAGCGAUCCGAUCGUGCUGGACAGGCCCGAGCUCGAGGCAGAGCUGGCAAAGUACGGUCUUAGGCCCAUCAAGGUGGAGGCGCGCCAGCAGUUCAAGGGACUCGAUGGAGCACAACGUGAGUCGAAGCAGAAGUGGAUCAUCCCGGUGGGCACCGGAAAGAAGCACGUGCUGCAGGAGUACUUCGAGAUCCCCGGCGACAAAGUCGGCCAGACGAGUAGGAAAGACUUAGCCGAGUGGAAAGCGAACCUCUACGUGCGCGAGGACGGCCGCUGGGCGGACUUCCAGGAGCUCGGGGUGCACGCCGGGGAGCUGGUGAAGCUGCCUGGUGGGCAUGAUGAGCUCGACCUCUUCGGCCCCGACUUUGAGUCGCACGAGCCGGAGCCCCUCUUCGAGAGGUUCCGCGUGGACGAGAUGCAGCUCGAGCCGGGCGCAUUCCUGGUCGCGGAGACGCUGCAGGAGUACGAGCCGGGAUUCCAGGUGAAGGAGUGCGCCGACUCGCGGGUCGCGGAGGCUCUGAAGACCGGCAGCAAGGGCAUAUUCAAGAAGAGCACGCUCGAACGGAUCGACAUGUCGAUGAAAGAGUAUUCGGUCAUCUUCGACGUGCUGCGCUACAACGGGGAGGCCUUCCUGUGGGAGCUGUUUGCGAAGGAGGCUCGCUUCACUCGUGUAGCCUCGAAGGGUGGUCAUGCGAACGCGACCCCCUCGGAUUCGUCGGUCGGGGUUAACAUCAAGGACCCUCAGACCCAUUCGGAUUUCCUGGUCCUGAUAAAGACCUUCGAACCUUGGAUGGUCUCGGUCGCGUCCCCAUGCGCACCUUUCUCGAACGUGCAAGAGUUUCAGCGAGCCCAGGGCAUGGGCGACCGAGUGGGCGACCUCGUCGAUGAGUUCAGGCCAUGGGUGGACUUGUCGGCGAAGGUGCUCAGGACUCAAGCUGAGGGUGGACGCAUCGGCAUCGGCGAGAAUCCUCUCGCGAGCCGUCCUUGGGACGAGGGGCCGAUCAUGGAUCUGUUGCGUUGGCAUGGUGAGCGACGUCCACUGUGCGAGAUGGUUACGCUACACCAGUGCAUGUUCGGACUGACGGAUGACUGCGGUGCGCCGAUUCGGAAGGUCACGCGCAUGCCGGCGCCCAGCGGUUCAUGUUUUCCGCGGUGGCUCGAUCGCACGUGUGACCAGCGCCACGAACGCGCCGACGCGGUCGGACGAGGCGCGUCGCUCUCGCGGGCCAGCGCCUGGCCAGACGACCUGGGCAAGACGCUUGUGAGCGCUGGUGCUCAUGAGCUGGCGCGGCGCACCGACCUGAAGAAGCUGGGUAUCGGAGACGACGCGACGAAGGCCACGUGCGCCGACGAGGGCGCACUGGCCGACUUCUCCGACGCCUACGCGGACGACCCGAAUUUCACGACGGUCGAGCUGGCCGCGAGGCAUCCAACCGACAUUGUGGUCGCGAUCUACGUGAAGGAGCCGAAGGUGCAGACGUCGCCCCCUGCGACGGCGCCCUCGCUCGGCAGCCGACCAGAAGCAUUCAAGCCCGACGAUUGUGAAGCAGACACAGUACAUCGAGACCUACAUCGCGAAGGUGAGAGCUUUGGCGACAGACCUUCGGACAUCGCCGCGGCUCAGUGGGGCGCCCUGAGGAAGCCUAAUUUGAACCUGAGCCAUCCGUCGGCACGCGCGCUGAAGCGACGCCUGAAGUCCUACGGGGUGUCGCUGAAGGUGCUCGACGCGGUACUAUACUACGACGCAGCGAAGGGCCCCAUCGCGCAGCGUUUCGCGGAGAUCGGCGAGAAGCACAACAUCCUGAUGAGGCUGGCCCCGGCAGAGGCGCCUCAGCUCAAAGGCAGAGUGGAACGGGCCAUCGCUUUCUUCGAGGACCAUUUCCAGCGCCUGAACCGCGAUGUGCAGCUCACCAGGAGUGCGAUGGAGGGCGAUCAGAGGCAGCUGGCGGCGCAGAGCGCGGCACUUUUCGAGGGCGGUCCCAGGAGGGCCGAGCAGAUUCGCGCUGCGGCGAACCGGGCGCUCUUCGAACUGGACAGCAACGAUGCAGUGAGAAGGGCCACGGUUGGUCGGGUUCGCCAGCCGCGCGGGCCGUUUGUGCCGGGCCUGCUGGUGUUCUAUUGGCGCGUGGUGAAGCACGUGAAGUCGUCGCGGCUACAGGGCGAGCACGGGCGGCGCGGUCCAGCCAUUGCGCUGGCGGCCGAGGGCCAUGCAAGGCUACGCCUCAGCUACCGCGGGGCGCCGUUGCUCGCGACGCCCGAGCAGGCGCGGCACGCCUCUCGCGGUGAAGCCGAGAUGGUGGAGAACGAGGACCUCGCCAGGCAGCUGUCGCAGUGGCGCGGAGGACCAACUCUCCAGAAGGGCUUCGUGGACGAGCGCGGUCCUGGACCUGACGGGCUCGGUGGCCAGCGCGACAGGCGCCCCGAGAAGGGCGACGGCGACUCGGACAACGAGGGCGCCGCGGGCGACGCGUCGGCUACCCAGGCGCCACGGGCAGAGGGAGCUCCACUGCCUCCCCCGAGGAGGCGCGAGGCUACUCCCACGCGAGAGAAGCAGUGCUACCCGAAGUACCACCACUACCUGGAAAUGGAGACGAUGUGCAGGGUGUUAGAGAUGUAG